AUGGAUUUCAACUCCGCGAAGUUGCCGUUCACGAGAGACGCUUUGAAACGGCAUCGAGGCCUUUUAACCCUCACCACCGCCAAAACUGAAGAGGAAGUGCGCGGUGGCACCGUGAACGACUUGGCGAGCAGAAAUUUCAUCUUUGUGGACUGA